AUGUCGUCACAGCAUGGACCGCCAGCCUCGCCAAAGAAUGUCAAGGUCAAAGAGCCCGUCCCGGGCACUCCAUUGUUCGGUUGUGAACACAUUCAGCUCCUACUGUCCAACAGCCCAGAGGUCAUGAACAGCUCAAUUCAGUACUACAAAAUGCUACUGCGAGUCAUAUUCGACAACACACCCAUAGUCCCUCAGACGUCCAAGAGCCCGGAUGGGGUCAUUGCUACGUCCUUGACCUCAAACUAUCUAUGUUUGCAGUGCUCGACCAUUGUGCCAGAGGACGAUCGUGAAAAACACGGCCAGAAGAAGAGUCAUCGGUUCUAUGUCGACUCGCGGAGUGGAGCUCUAUUCUGUCAAUUUUGUCAGGACUUCGUCUGGGAUCCUACCCUCGAGGAGCUGCGAGUCAGAAAGAUCGGCACAGGUUCGUUUUCGAGUCGAAAGAGGAAACACGAGGAGCUUUUCGCGGACUCUAUCAAGGAUGCGAAAGAGGAUCCACGCUACAUUUCCACAAAUACCACAGCAGCGUCCUGUAGAGCCGACGGCCUGCGUGGUAUCUACAACGCGGGUGCCACAUGCUAUCAGAACGUCGUCCUCCAGAGCUUCCUGCACAACCCUCUGCUCAGGAACUUCUACUUGAGUGAUGGGCAUCAAAGCAGUAAUUGCGAAGUGCCGUACUGUCUCAGUUGCGCCAUGGACGACAUGUUUCAGGACUUCUACGCUCUCGAAAACACAAAUGGUUACACAGCUGCAAACAUACUCUCGGGGUUCUGGAUAUCAGACAAGAAGGCUUUCGAGAACCUCGUCACCACAAAGGAGCAAGACGCACACGAAUUCUUCCAGUUUCUGGCCGAAGAACUCCACGAAAGGAAUGGCGAUGGAAGAAAGCCAGAAACAGGAAGUGAGCACAGCUGUAACUGCAUCAUUCACCAGACCUUUUAUGGCAAGUUGCAACGCUCUACAACAUGCCUCAAUUGCGGCGGAGUGACAAACUCGAUCGAGUCCUUCCUUGAUCUUAGUCUCGGCCUCGAGAACCUUGCCACCAAGAAAGGCAAGAAGGCGGCCAAAAAUGGCGGCUCGAUAACACUACAAGACUGUCUCGAUGAUGAAUAUAUCAAGUCAGACAAAUGCGACUAUCGAUGUCGGAAUUGUGACUCAUCACAACAAGCACGGCGAGACCAUGGCAUUAAGCUGCUGCCAAACGUCCUUUCAAUACAGUUGAAGCGAUUCGAGUUCAAACAGGGAAGUCGUGAUCGUUCAGCGUCGAAGAUCGACACCAAGGUUCAGUUUCCUCUACAACUCAAUAUGCUUCCGUACACGACACGCGGCAGGUCGGCAGACGCCAAGGACAGCCAAGAGCUGAAUCGGUCGUGCACAUAUGAUCUUUUAAGUGUGGUGGAGCACGUUGGUGAAAUCGAUACUGGCCACUAUGUCACAUACUGCCGCGUUGGAGACCAAUGGUUCUCGUUCAAUGAUCACAAGGUCGAACUGGCCAGGAAGUCAGAUGUGCUUGGCUCGCGAGCAUACUUGCUCUUCUACAUCAUACGCUCACUGGCGUGA